AAUAACAUAAUGCUGACCCUUGCGUGAACAGCGUUAUUACUUUCGUUGACAUAAAAUCAUUCUUGAACGCAACUUCGAGUGAAUCGUACGCAUUGUUACUUUUUUUUUAAAUUUUUUCGCCGCAUCCACACUGGCCGAAACCGCCGAUUUGAUUUUUUAAUCUGUGCCGGUCACCGGGUUAUCGGUGCGUUACGUUUAAAAAACAAAAAUAACUUUUUAAUCAUGGUGGAGAAUCAGUGUAAGGCUAGGCCGGUGAAAGCUUACAUAAUGAGUGAUUUGUUGAAGAAGUUCGACUCUGAAGCCACCAAUGAUCUCGUCAAGGUGGCAACAGCGGUUGUCGGCUUCUAUAUCGGCUUGUUUUAUCUUGAGUACGUGGACAAUGAGUACAGUUUGUGGCUGACGUGGUUCCUGACGCCAGUUCUGGUGACCUUCCUGCUACCCGCCGUCAUCAUCGUCCUCAUCUACACCAGCAGUAUCAUAUUCCACCUUUACAGACUCUACAGGUUGCGAAUAGUGCAAGGCGUCAACCACAAUGACUGGAAGCAAGCCGCUCGACUCGCCGUCUGCGCUCUAUGGGACGCGCAUGGCUGGCUGUGGCAUGGGUACGAGAUCCGAGGUAUCGAGAACAUCCCAGACGGGCCGUUCCUGCUGAUCUUCUACCACGGCGCGCUGCCCAUCGACAUGUACUACUUCACCGCGCGCCUGCUGCUGUUCAGGAGGCGGCUCAUGCACACCGUGGCGGACCGCUUCAUGUUCAAAAUACCCGGCUGGGCGUCCCUUCUGGAAGGUUUGUGCGUGAUACCAGGCACAGUGCAGACUUGCGCCGGAGUGCUCAAGGCGGGCAACUCUCUAGCCAUCGCGCCGGGCGGAGUCUACGAGGCUCAGUUCGGAGAUCACUACUACAGGCUCAACUGGAAGACCAGGGUUGGGUUCGCUAAAGUUGCUCUCGAGGCGAAAGUGCCGGUAGUGCCGAUGUUCACACAGAACGUUCGCGAGGCGUUCCGCACAGUGGGCUGGUUGCGCGGCAUCUGUCUGCGCAUCUACGCCGCCACGCGCAUCCCACUAGCGCCGGUGUACGGGGGCUUCCCCGUCAAACUCGUCACCCACCUCGGACCCGCUAUACCUUACGACCCCGCGAACACGCCUGAACUGUUACAGAAGAAGGUUGCGUCCGCAAUCGAAGAUUUAGUGGAAGAGCACCAAAGGAUACCCGGAAGUAUCCUCCAUGCCCUUAUAGAAAGGGUGUACGAAAUGCCCAAGAAAAGGCCGAAAACGAUCGCCCACACUAACGGGAUCUGCCAGAACGGGAUCAAGAAGACUGAGAAAGAAGAUAGUUUAAGUGAAAAGUGCGAGAGUGACAAAGCUAAAGUGUCAUAGUGUGUAUAGAUGAAUUGUGAAUGUGAAUUUAAUGUGUGUUAAAAAAAAUACUUUUUAACCCCGAAUUCUGAAGAGCAUUUCUUAAGAGGAUCUUGAACUUGCUAGUUUGUCAAUUUGACCAUGAUGAUAAUAUAAUAUGUAAUAGUAAAAAUUUUUCAAAUUACAAACGAAAAAAUCUCUUGUAGAUAAAUAAUUAAGGUGAUCUUAAAAGAGGUUGUCUUAACAAUUAAUUGAUGCUUCAGAAUUCGGUUGUUAGUAUUUUUGAACCCCGGCGACGCCUAUACAGCGUUCUUAUCUUUAUGGCGUCGUAACUUACAUGACUGGACCUUUUUUAAUGUGGUUUCUGUUUUUUGAAAGCUGCUUUACUCGGAAUUGUACUUCUCUAUCGCUGUCAAACUCUGAUGACGGAGUCAGGCCCCAGUCAGACUCACUCUGCACUUUUUUAACUACACGGAUCCAUACUAAUAUUAUAAAUGAAAAAUGUGUGUCUGUCUGUCUGUCUGCUAGUUUUUCAUGGCUGAACAGUUUAACCGAUUUUGAUGAAAUGUAUAGAGUUAGUUUUCUUCCCGGGGACGAAAAUAGGCUACUUUUUAUCCCGGAAAAUAAAAGGUUUUCCACCGGAUUCUUAGUGGCCCAUCCUUUUAACCAAUUUAUAUGAAAUUUGGUAAAGAGGUAGCUUAAAGAAAACCCAAAGUCCACGCGGACGAAGACGCCGCCAUCAUUUAUUUAGUUUCAAAUAAAGAAAGGCAAAUCUUAUCAACUGUUCUUAUACUGGUACAGUUAGCUAAUCGUGCAUACAGUGUGCUUAGUAUGAGAUUUUACGUCUCGUCAUCAUUGAUAGCAUUCAAGAGUCGAGACAAAAUAAUGACAAUGUAAAAUGGACCUAAAGUUCUUUGACUUAAAGUAAAAAAAUUCAGUACCACCGAUUUUAAUUUCGCAACGUUUUGCUUGGAGUGCGAGCUGUAGAUGUAUGGACAAAUAUGAGCUUUAAAACAGGCAAUUAAGGUCCAUUUUACUGCAACGCUGAAGGGUUUCGAGGCUGAAAUUUUAUCAACGUUGGUGAGACUCUGACAGCACCAGUACAAUGUAAAUUAAACUGUAACGCUAACCAAAUACGUCUGUUUUUAUAAUGACGCGAAUUGGUAACGACCAUCUGUGCAGUGACAAAGGCAAGAAGAAAAGUUUGUGAUUUUUGAAAUCAUUUUAAAAAAUGGAGAAAAAAAAACUUUAAAAUUGGUACAUUUUGGGGGUUAUCAAAUGUCUUAUUUAAUACUUGUUAGUUUGAGCACUGUGUUAUGUGUAUUGAUGUACAAAGAAAGCAUUUCUUUGGAAAUAAUGAAUUUAUAUUAGGCUUUUCGUCGAAUAUUUAAAAUUUUACUAGAUCAAAUAAGUUAUUAGUAAUGAUAUAAUAUGUAUGUAGGUAUUUGGUUGGGUAUUUUAACUA